AUGUUAAGUAGUUAGUUGUGAGAGAGCUUUGGCUGAGAAUGCACGGGAAGUGGGCUUGGGUGUGGGUCCUGGUGGCGGCCGAAGUCGCCGCCUUCCAGCGGGGGCAGCGGGUGCGGCACGACGCCCGCGGGAACGCAUCCACGACUUGCGACAUCAGCCAAAUCAACUACAGACUCACAAGACUGGAAGUCCAAACUGCCGAAAAAUCAGACCACCUAAAUUCGGAACUACAGGAAACCAACCGCCGCCUCCACGCCCUAGAAUGGCAAACGACAGACGUCCAUACAGCGGUAGACGAAUUCAGAAUCCAGUUGCACCAUUACACACAAACAAACCAACCCGGAACGAAAAAUGGAGCCAUCCCAGGCCAGCUGGAGCUGAAAAUCGACAACCUAGGCAAAGGUCUGCAAAUCGUGGUGGCCGCUUUGCGAAGUCUGAGAGCCGACAUCUGGAAUAUCAGGAAGAACGUGUCUGCAAUAGCCGAGAGUACCAAAAGUUGCAUGCAUAGGGAUGACAACCUCGUCACCAAGUCCUUCCUCACCGACAGCCUCAAUGACGUCAAGCACCACCACCUCAUGCAGCACCCCCCGACGUCGCACGGCUCCGACGACUUUCCCCGGAAUUGUCUGGAAAUUCUGGAAGGGGGUAACAAUGUCUCUGGGAUUUAUCGAAUCCAGCCGGAGUUGUCCCCUCGACCUUUCAUGGCGGUGUGCGAAAUGGAGUCCAGAGGGGGUGGUUGGACCUACAUCCAGAACCGGCACGAGGGUGACAAGGAUUUUUACUUGAAUUGGCACAGCUACAAGAUCGGGUUUGGUAACCUCGGGGGGGAGUUCUGGCUGGGGUUGGAGUACUUGCACCAACUGACGGGCUCCGAAGUCAACGAGUUGUUGAUAGAACUGGAGGACCUGGAGGGGAAGAGGGUGUACGCACACUAUGAGGCGUUCAGUGUGGGGAGCGAAGUGGAGGGGUACGCCUUGAAGGUGCUGGCGGGGUACAGCGGGGAUGCGGGGGAUUCGCUGACGUACCACGCAGGAAGUAAAUUUAGUACGAAGGAUCUGGAUCAGGAUGAGUGGCAGGAAGGAAGUUGUGCGCAAGCGCAUACCGGAGCAUGGUGGUACCGAAAUUGCGACACCAGCAACCUCAACGGUAAAUACCUCAAAGGUCCAACCUCCGACGACCACCAGUACCAAGGGAUGUACUGGGGCGAAUUCCACGGAUCCCACUACAGCCUUCGGCGAGCAAGGAUGAUGGUCCGACCCCACAGUAUUAAUCCGGCUCUGCUUUCAGACAACCAGGAAGUUCCUCCAUCGUAUUAAUUAACGUUGUUUCUCUUAGUUUCAACCACAACUGCCAUAUACACACUAUAAAACUGUAUCUCCUUAGAUACCCAGAGAAUACUGUUUUCUUUUUUUUUAAUAAACUGCUGCAUUAUUGCAUUUGGUUGUUUCUUGAAUUUUCUUUGAUGUAUGAAGUCAGCGGACAUCGAAAAUAAGGGCCGGGAUGUUUCCAAUCAAUAAAAGGGCGUUAAAGUGCGUCCCGAGAUCACGUAUUUGAUAAAGCUCCAAUUUUCCCUUUUCUUUCCUUUAUCAGCCCGUAAAUUAUUGGAUUAUUUUAGGGACGUUUUUAUUAAGAGCAAAAAUUGUGUGGUACCCGAAGACGGUGUAAGUAAAAGUGUAAUCUAUCUAAUAAAAAUAGUUUCCACAAUCGCAAUCGUACUUUGCUACCUUUGCUGCUAUUUCGGUACUUCUAAUCCCUCAACAUACCGAGAUAAUAUUUUUAUAGCCGCACCCGUAAUAAAUUUGAAUCCUAAAGAUAACUCGUGCCAAGUCUAAACAUGAAGCUGCUCAUGUUGCUACCAAUUCUCGCCCUUGUGGCAGCUGCUCCAGUGUCUCCAGAUUUCGACAACCCCGCCCCCGAUGAGCCUCAAGAGCUAGCCAAAUCCACUCUGGAAACGAUGGACGCUGUGGACCUCGAAACGGAAAUUCUGUAUAGUAAUCCGACGGUCAGACCAGUGCAAGUGUAUCGCAAUAUCAUUUGCUUCCCGAAAAAGGGUUGCAUCAACAUGGCCGACGUGGGAAUUCACCCUUGAAAGAUAAAUAAAGCACUACGAAUAAUAAGCUCGGAAUAUUUUGCCAACAGUUAGAACCAUGAAGUUGUAAAUACUUUUCAACGAAAAUAAAAAGUAUAAAAUUACA